AUGGUUGGUACCACCUCCUUCCCUCCGUUUCCGGCCGCGCGGCGAGUCCUCCUCCUCCUCAACUUGCUGACUCUGGGGCUGUGGUCGAAGUUUGGGCGUCUGACUCACUACGCAUUCGAUGCGGUUCUCAUUUCCGCCUUCCUCGCUGGCAUGAAGCGCUCGACAGGCCUUACUUUCAAGACUGACAGAGCCGCGGGCGAGAACAAGGACAUGUCGAAGUGGAUUGACAAGUAUCUCGGUGUCGGCGAGUGGGUGAUGGAUCAGUCGGUUGCGAUCGCCGGCUCCAGCGGAUGGUUUGAGCGUACGCGGUAG